UAUAAAAAAGAAAAGUUGGUAUGAAAUGGCAAUGGGAGAUAAGAGAAAGGAAGAGCCACAGCUCAUGGCAUAUAUUCCCCCUAACUUAACCCCACUUAUGUUUCCAGAUAUGGAGUGAGAACAUAGGACAGGCCACCAACUGCAACCAAAAUUAUAAAGACAAUUAUAGCUGCCACAUAUUAUUCAAUCCAUUCCUAAAAGGAACAGAAACCCAUAUAUGUGUUUCAGUUUUUCUACUUGUCUCUCAUCCUAGAAACAUAAACCAGUCUGCAAAACAUGCAAAAUCAGAAUAUGAACUUGGUUUUGUCUACUGAUACUAAGCCUAGGCUAAAAUGGACUCCAGAACUUCAUCAAAGAUUUGUAGAAGCAGUCAAUCAGCUUGGAGGUGCAGACAAGGCAACACCAAAAAGUUUGAUGAGAGUGAUGGGGAUUCCUGGACUUACUUUGUACCAUCUAAAAAGCCAUUUACAGAAAUACAGGCUGGGGAAAAGCCAACAGACUGAAACCUGCAUUGAGAAUAAGCAAGAUUGCAGAGAGACUCAAAGCAGUGAUGGGAAUCUCAGUAGGAAUACCAGUGAUAGAACCCCAAUCAGUUUAAUGACAUCAUCAAAUACGUUCAAACUUCAAUCAAAUGGGAAUUUAUAUUUUCAGGUACAGCGACAUUUGCAGCUGAGAAUUGAAGCUCAAGGGAAGUACUUACAGUCUGUCUUAAAGAAAGCUCAAGAAACGCUUGCAGGGUAUAAUCUUCUGCUUGGGAGUAGAACUUGCAAAAGCAGAACUUCCCAGUUAGUUUCAAUGGUUAUUGGCUGCCCGAGUUCUUCAGUUUCAGAACUAACAGAAGCAGAACUUCAAGUUUAAAAUAUCAAAAGCAAACAAAUGAGAAACACAAUUUGCUCCGUGGAAAGCUCUUUGACAUCAUCUAGAGUUUGGGAGAAAGGAAGAGAAACAAACAAUGAACGAGAUCGGCGACACGCAUAAAUAUACAACCCUUCUGUUGAACUUCCAUUGAUGGAUAUUCAUAGUGGAAAGAGAAGCGGAAGUA